AUGGCAUCCAUCGGUCAAGUCAACGCAGCCAAGAGUCAAGGCGCCCCGAGUGCCGAGCUUCAAGACUCCGCAGUUUCUGUGACUAAUGAAGAUGAUCGCGACCUGCUGAAGCUUGGCUAUCGCUCGGUGUUGGCACGGAGCUGGGGAUCCUUCGAUAACUUUGCCUGCUCUUUCUCGGCCCUCAAUGUCAUCGGCGGGAUCCGUGUUCUGUUCUAUAUUGCCCUCAGUGGAGGUGGUCCAGCAGCCAUUUCCUGGGUCUCCGGUAGCAUCCUCUCCGUGAUCACCGCCGCGUGUCUCGCCGAAGCGUGCUCGAGUUACCCUGCCGCGGGUUCGAUAUAUUACUGGGCAUUCCGAUCUUGGGGAGGCGGUCAAGUGGGACGGUUCAUCUCGUUUAUGGUUGCUGCGUGGACACUAGUUGCUUGGACUGCCUUCCUGGCGAGUGACUCCUUCGGUGUUGCCAACUACCUCAUCUCGGAAGUGGUCGUCUUCGACCCGCACACCAGCUUCCCCUAUGAGACCUCCGAUGUGCGCGCGCGUGCUGUAGCAUGGGUUUUCUCCCUUCUGUUCUUGGGAAUUGCCACGUCGCUGAACUUCCUUCCUCCGCGCAUGUACUCCUGGGUGUUUCGCGCAGGUGUCACCGUGAUCAUCAUCGACAUGCUGCUCAACUUCAUUUGGCUCCCCAUCGGCGUGUCGAACAGUUACGGAUUCCAAUCGGCUGAGUUUGUGUUCACAUCCCAAUACAAUGGUGGCGAUACCAGUCCUGGAUUGAAUUGGGUUCUUUCCUGGUUCAUGGUCGGUAGUUGCCUUGUUGGACAGGAUGCAUCAGGCCAUGUCGCUGAAGAGACCGUUUCGGCCAAGAAGGCAGCUGCGAAGGGGAUCUUCUGGGCGACAGUCGCAUCUGCGCUGUGUGGUUUCCCGAUCAUCAUCUUGUUCCUGUUCUGUAUGCCUCCCAUCGAGACAUUCUACGGCACCACCGCGCCGCAGCCAUUCAUCAACAUGUAUGCAAUGGCGCUUGGUCCCCACGCACAUGUGGUUGCGACCAUCGUCGCAAUGGUCGGGGCCAUUCUCAACACUUCCAUCUCUCUAGUUGCUGUAUCGCGACUUGUCUUCGCUGUCGCUCGCGAUGGAGUAUUCCCAUUCAGCGAAGUGCUAUCUCGCGUCUCGAAAUCGAAGCAGCCUCACAAUGCGGUCAUUUUUAUUUCCACGAUUGCUGCACUUCUGUUGUGCACGCAAUUACCAUCCCAGGUCGCUUUCUCCAGCCUGAUCUCCACCUCGGCUGCAGGCUCGCUUGCGGCGUACGGUCUUGUUGGCAUCGGCCGCGCAUUCAUCACACGCAAGACUUUCCGCCCUGGGUUCUGGGACAUGGGCCGUUUUGGCGUGGCAGCUGCUGUGGUCACCUUCAUGUGGAACGGGUUCGCAUUCGCCGUUCUCUGUGCUCCAACAUACUCGAAUAGUGCGAUCGAUCAAGACUCCAGUCUGUUCAAUUACGCAAUUGUGAUUAUGGGUGGUGUCACCAUCCUCGCAAUUGCUGAAUGGUGGCGCAAGUCUAACGACGAUUGGUUCACGCACCUCAAGAUCGUUGAUUCCGAUACCGAAACCACGCACACUGGCCGUGAGGAGAAGCUUGAGCCCUCCGCGGUCCCAGUUUAG